GAAGAAGAAGUGGGAAACUGACGUUAUAUCACGUGGUGUAAAAUGGCGUCAGGGCAACAGUGGGUGCUAGUGGAAAUGGUGCAGGCAUUCUACGAGACACGAUUGACAGAUGGCUGUGGCCAAUACUGUCGUACUACGGAUGUGCUUUUCCUUUCGAGUCCAAUCAUGGCACCUGCGUACCAUCUGAUCUUGGAAGGGAUCCUUAUCUUAUGGAUCAUCAGACUCCUGUUUUCCAAAACCUACAAACUUCAGGAACGUUCUGAUCUUAAUGAGAAGGAAAAAGAGGAAUUGAUUGAAGAAUGGCAACCAGAACCUCUUGUUCCUUCUGUUUCCAAAGACCACCCUUCACUAAAUUAUGAUAUUGUAACAGGCCCACCAAGCCACAAAAUCAUUGUCAAUGGAAAAGAGUGCAUUAACUUUGCCUCAUUUAACUUCUUGGGUUUUCUCGAAAAUGAGCGGGUGAUGCAAAAGGCCCUUGCAUCUCUCAAGAAGUAUGGUGUUGGUACUUGUGGCCCAAGAGGAUUCUAUGGAACCUUUGAUGUACAUUUGGAACUGGAGGAUCGCUUGGCCAAGUUCAUGCGAACAGAAGAGGCGAUUAUCUAUUCCUAUGGCUUUGCAACAAUUGCAAGUGCAAUACCUGCAUAUUCCAAGAGAGGGGAUAUAGUGUUUGUGGAUGAAGCAGCAUGCUUCUCUAUACAGAAGGGUCUUCAAGCCUCCCGCAGUUUCAUCAAAUACUUCAAACACAAUGACAUGGAGGACCUUGAGCGACUCCUCAAAGAGCAGGAGAUUGAGGAUCAGAAGAACCUUCGGAAAGCUAAAGUAACCAGGAGAUUUGUCGUAGUUGAGGGGCUGUACAUAAACACAGCAGAUGUGUGUCCUCUCCCAGAACUGGUGAAGCUGAAAUACAAGUACAAAGUACGCAUCUUCUUGGAGGAGAGCAUGUCAUUUGGUGUACUUGGCGAGCAUGGACGUGGGGUUACCGAACACUUUGGGGUCAAUUUUUUGAUUCAGAUUGAUGAUAUAGACCUUAUCAGUGCAAACAUGGAAAACGCGGUGGCCUCCAUAGGUGGCUUCUGCUGUGGAAGGUCGUUUGUCAUAGACCAUCAGCGUCUGUCAGGUCAGGGAUACUGUUUCUCUGCCUCCCUACCCCCGAUGCUUGCUGCUGCUGCCAUUGAAGCCCUCAACAUCAUGGAGGAGGACCCGGGUAUUUUUUCUGUACUGAGGGAAAAGUGCAAACAUGUCCACUCUGCAUUGCAGGGAACACCUGGUCUGAAGGUGGUUGGGAUGUCUUUCGCCCCUGCACUUCACCUGCAGCUGGAGAGAAGCUCUGGAUCCAGAGAGACUGAUGUGGAAACUCUCCGCAAAAUUGUGGAUUAUUGUUUGGACAGACAGGUGGCACUCACCCUGGCUCGGUACCUAGAGAAAGAAGAGCGAUUCCUCCCUCAACCUACCAUUCGUGUGGUGGUAACUAUCGAGCAGACAGAAGAUGAGAUUGAGAAAGCUGCAUCCUGUAUCGGAGAAGCAGCUCUGGCAUUACUCAAAUGAUUCCUUGUUCCGACUGCAACUGAACCUGGAUUUCUUAACCGUCUAACACUCACAGGAUCCACCUGUUGGCUUGCCAGAGUAUAAGGGGAGAGGGAGCGUCCAUUGACGCAAGACAAGGUUUUCUCAUCCAAAAACUAAAGGCAUGAACAGUGGAUGACCAUGUGACAUGAGGAGCUAUGUCAAUACCUAAUACUUUAUCUUUCCUUCUUGCAGCUACUUUUGGUUGAUUUGAUCUUUGCCUUACCUUUUGUUCUUGUGUUUUUUGUACUGUAUCCCAGAUAUGUUUAAUUUUCUUAUUAGAUCUGUGAAUGUACAAUAUGGACCUUAUUUUGAGUUUGGGAAUAUUUUACUUUGAAUUAUGGUUAGGUCUUAAACAACUAUAAAUAUAAAUUCUGUUUUAGAAUUCUGUAUCCAAAUGACUACAUUUCCUAUGUUGUUUUCAAAAAGCUUGUGUUAAUGUGAACAAGAUUUCCUGUUUUGACCAAAGGCAGCCCUUGAAUAUUCCUGCUCCAUGCUUCUAACUGAAAUAUUUUUCUUACUGUCUUUUGGCUACUACUGAAUUUUCUUUUCCAAGGGGUCACAAAUGUUUUAUAAUUAAAAUAAUUUAAUUUACAUAAGUUAGACUAGGCCAUUUUUUAUAACUUUGUUAAAUGUUGUUCAUAAAUAAUCGAUUUUAAAUAGAUUUGCUUGCAAUAUAACUGCCAUUGUAGAAUCACGGGAUUGUUACUCAAUUUUCAAGUCUUGCGCAAAAUGUGGUGAUUACAUAAAUGUUAUGCUUGCAGAUUUUUCUGCUUUAAUCAACUUGCACUAUUGUAGCCUUAUGCACAUCAAUCUUUAUUUCACCCUUAAGCCAGCUUUAAAUCCAAUAUUACUUUGUAUAGGCUAUUACAAGUUUAAGCCUAUUGUACAUUGCAUACAACAUACAAAAUGUAGUUUGUCCCUUUGUGUCUCUGCCAACCUAAUGAAUAUUAGUCAAAUAAAUUGGGGAAAGUGGGUGGUUAACCUA